AUGGAGAAACAUGUUGCUGAAGUUUUGAAAAUCCAAAACCCAAAGGUAACAUCAUAUAUACACAGUGAUAUUGCAUUCUCAAUUCUUUUGAAAUCAUCUAUUAAAUCUUUGAAACGUUUUGCAUCUGUCUGUAAACCAUGGUCUCUCUUGUUUGAUGAUCCUACUUUCAUGAGUGCCUACCGCACCACUUUCUUAUCAAAGGACCAUUCCUAUUAUUCUGAUAAGUCUCUUCUUCUUCAUAAAGAAAAUGGCGACACAUGUCAGUUGUAUUCAGUUUCUGACGAGAGGUUUGAGAAUAUAGUUCGAUUAAAUUUGCCACAAGUCACGUUGAAGUUGGAUCCAUCAACUUAUGAUCUUGAAAUUUUAGGUCCAGUUAGUGUUAAUGGUACUCUUUGUCUUACUUGUCCGAGGCAGAAGAAUAUGGCCUUGUGGAAUCCAUCUACCGACGAAUAUAAAGUCAUUCCUCCUAGCCCUUUUUUUUAUUCAGGAUAUAGGGUAUAUCAUAGUGGAUUUGGUUAUGAUAGUGUCACGGAUGACUUUAAAGUUUUGCGUCAUUUGAGAGUUUCUCAAAUAACUAAAAAUAAGUCAAUAUGGGAGAUAUAUAGUGUAAGAAGUGAUUCUUGGAAGAAACUUGAUGUUGAUAUUGAUAUGUAUCAUGAUCGGAUGGAAUGUCAUAAUUUGUACAUUGAUGGUCUUUCUCAUUGGCUAUGUAUGACUACUCCGGAUAAUAAAGCAUGUUUGUUGUCAUUUGACUGGAGCAAUGAAGUUUUUCUUACAACACCAUUACCCUCAAACAUGGAAGUUUUUACUUGUUCGGUGAAGAGUUUCUUGGUGCUAUUAAAUGGUUCUAUUGCUUUGGUCAUACGUUACAAAAAGACCGAUCCAUUUCACAUUUUAAUUUUGGGUGAACCCGGUGUAAGAGAAUCAUGGACUAAGAUUUUCAAUGUAGCGUCAUUACCCUACUUUAAGCGGGUAGGUGGAGGUGGAAAAAAGGGCCGUAUUUUGUUCGAAAAAAAAGGCCAGCGUCUAGCUUGGUUCGAUUUAAAUACUCAAAUGGUUGAAGACCUUGAUCUUUCUUCAAAGGAUAUUAAUUGCAACAUAUUAUUUCAUAAAGAAAACCUUCAUCCAUUUGAAGGAAAAAAUCUUUGA